AUGACAACAUCCAUAUCCUCGUUGGUUUGUGCUUCUGAAGCUGCUGCGAUGACCUUUAAGUCUCAUACCCUCAACCGUUCUCGGUUGUUCCAUACCUCGGCUAUCUGUAAAGACUACGAGGAAGAAAAGGCCGAAAUGGAUAUUUUUAGCAAAGAGCUAACUGCCGAAGACACUGAGAGUCUUUCCAAUAUCAGAAACAUUGGUAUUUCGGCCCAUAUUGAUUCGGGUAAAACCACUUUUACUGAGCGGGUCCUUUACUACACUGGUAGAAUUAAAGCUAUUCAUGAUGUGCGUGGCAGAGAUGGCGUAGGUGCCAAGAUGGAUCACAUGGAUCUCGAGCGUGAAAAAGGUAUCACUAUUCAGUCUGCUGCCACCUACUGUUCGUGGGAUAAAGACGGUCAUCAGUAUAAUAUGAACUUGAUCGAUACCCCUGGUCACAUAGACUUUACCAUCGAGGUUGAAAGGGCUUUACGUGUCCUUGAUGGUGCCGUUUUGAUUGUUUGUGCUGUUUCCGGCGUCCAGUCACAGACUGUGACUGUGGAUCGUCAGAUGAAACGUUAUAACGUUCCUAGAGUCACCUUCAUUAAUAAGAUGGAUCGUAUGGGGGCCGAUCCUUGGAGAGCCGUUAGUCAGAUUAACAGUAAACUUCAUAUGGCUGCUGCUGCUAUCCAGGUUCCUAUUGGUGCUGAAAAGGAGUUCAAAGGUGUUGUUAAUAUCAUUGAUCGUCAGUCCGUCUAUUUCGAAGGCUCUCAGGGUGAGAAGUUGAGAGUUACAAAAGAGAUCCCUGAAGAUCUCAAGCAGAUAGUUGAGGAAAAAAGAAAAAUUCUAAUAGAAACUUUGGCCGACGUUGAUGAUGACAUUGCUGAAUGCGUCAUUGAUGAGGUCGAGCCAACAAUAGAGCAAAUUAAGAGUGCCAUUCGUCAUGCUACUAUUGCCCGCAGAUUCACUCCAGUCUUGAUGGGCUCUGCUUUAGCGAACAAGGGUAUUCAACCGGUGUUGAAUGCCGUUUGCGAUUAUCUUCCAGACCCUUCGGAGGUGCUCAACAAGGCCUUGGAUAUCGAACACGAUGAAGCACCCGUUACUUUGGUUCCCUCUGCUGAGAGGCCCAUGGUGGCUUUAGCCUUUAAGCUUGAAGAGGGUAAGUAUGGUCAAUUAACCUACUUACGUAUUUAUCAGGGCAAGCUUAGAAAAGGUCAAAUGAUGACUCAUGUUAAGAGCGGUAAGCGUGUUAAGGUGGCUCGUUUGGUUCGUAUGCACUCGGAAGAGAUGGAAGAUGCAGACGAGAUCAACGCCGGCGAAAUCUGUGCCACAUUCGGUAUUGACUGUGCGUCUGGUGACACUUUCACCGAUGGUAACGUUAAUUACACUAUGACAUCUAUGUUUGUUCCUGAUGCUGUGGUUUCGUUGUCCGUUCAUCCAGCCUCAGAAAGUGCUGCAAACUUCUCGAAAGCUGUCAAUAGAUUCCAGAAGGAAGACCCUACAUUCCGUGUUCACUACGAUAAGGAUUCAAAGGAAACAAUUAUCAGUGGUAUGGGAGAAUUGCAUUUGGAGAUAUACAUUGAGAGAAUGCGUAGGGAGUACAACGUUGAGUGUAAAGUCGGUAGACCAAGAGUUGCCUAUCGCGAGUCUAUUAUGGGCUCUGCCUCGUUUGAUUACACUCACAAGAAGCAGACCGGUGGUGCAGGUCAGUAUGCCAAGGUUAUGGGUGAUCUGAAAGCCUCUUCUUUGGCCGAUCCUGAAGAUGUUGGUGCCAAACUUGAGGAAGACAUUAAGUUCAGAAACUACUUCCAGACUAAGAUUGUUGGUGGUAAGAUUAGUGAGAAGUUCUUGAUGGCUUGUCAGAAAGGUUUCGAAGAUUGCUGUGAAAAGGGUCCUCUUGUAGGUUCCAAGGUGUUGGGUGUUGAUAUGACCAUCGAUGAUGGUGCUACCCACCCGGUGGAUUCGUCCGAGUUGGCCUUCAGAACGGCUACCCACUACGCCUUCACCCAGGCCUUUUUGCAAUCUCAACCUGUCAUCUUGGAGCCAAUAAUGGAUGUCGUCAUAACGGCACCCAUUGAAUUCCAAGGUGCUGUUAUCGGUUUGGUCAACAAGUUGCAAGGUAUCAUUCAUGAUACUGACAACCACGCGGACGAGUUCAGCUUAACCUCCGACUGUUCGUUGAGCAACUUGUUUGGUUUUGCUUCAAAAUUGAGAGCCUCCACCCAAGGCAAAGGUGAGUUCACUAUGGAGUUCAAGGAAUAUCAACCCGUCUUGCCCAACAUUCAGAAGCAGUUGAUAGAGGAGCACGAGAAGAAGGAGAAGGAGAAGCAGAAGUAG